CAAAGACCAUACGUGAUUCGUUUACAGUUGAGUACAGAUCGAUACGAGACAUACACACAUUGUACGAGUAUUACAACCAAUCUGCUGGCCACACCAAGCAUUUAUUUCCAAUAAAAAUCAACAAUAUUUUUCUUGCUAUUUUCCAAUAGUAAUAUUGCUUGAACCAAAUUUUCAUCCAACAUUCUCCGCUCAUCAUUUUGUGCAAAAGGGUUUUCACAAAAUAACAUCGUAGAAAGAGAGAGAGAGAGAGAGAAAAAACCUAUUCAACGACAGCAGAGAAAAAUCGAUUAACAGGCGAUUCAUUCCCUCGAAUGUGCUCGACGAGUGAAAAAGUCCAGACGCGACGUACAAAAUAAUAAACAAUGGAAUAAACGAUAGAGAGAGAGAGAGAGAGGGAGAGAGAAUUUUUUUUUAUAAUAAAACGUAUAUAAGAGAGCUCAAUAAGCAAAGUCAUAACCGAGCAGCAUUUCAAAUAAAAACGUAUUCGAUCAUUGUAUUAGAUUGUGAGAGUUUGAAAAAAGCAAGCAAGCAAGCAAAAAAAAAUUAUAAAGAAUUUCAUAUAUAAUAUAAACGUUGAAUUGAAAGUGAUAUUUGUUUCAGUGUGUGUGUUUCGUGAGUAUUUGUUUGUGCGAGUGAACAUAUGUGUGUGUGGCAAAUAUAGUAAACAGCAACUUUUGUGUGUCGUUCACAAAAAUACAGAAAAAAAAUUAUUUUCGCUAUUUGACUUGAGUGUUUCCAUAUUUCCAAAGUGAAAAGCGAUAAUCUUCGCAGUAGAAGAAAACAGAGCGUCAAAAAGAGAGAAAAAAGUCCACAUAAAUUACGAAACUUUGUCCACAGUUUGAAAAGAGCUAAAAUAAAUUCGAAUUUAUCUCGAAAAAAAAUUCGUAGCAGCGCGAAUAAAAUAAAAAAUAAAAGUUAAAUAAAAAAAUCCAACGGAAAAGAAAAGAGAAUCAGUCAAACGAGCGAAAGCAAGAGGAGGAAAGAAAAGAGUCCCCCAAGUGUGCUGUAGACAAUAUCUAAAAUCGAAAUCCACUGUGUGAACGGUUGGUGUGUGUUUUUUUCUUCGUCUCAUUCGUUUUUUCGUGUAUACAAAACUGCGCUGCGCCGUUUUGUCGUUCGUAUAUAAAUUUCCUUGGCUCUGAAUGUCUUGUUUUACGUUCACUUCUCUCGCCAGCAUCUUGCUUCUAGUGUGAGUGGAUGUUUCGCCUGAUUAUUAUUAUUUAGCCCGACUUCACACAACACAUUCAGCUACAGAAGAAAUAAAAAUCCAUGUCUCUAUAUACCAAACGAUCGCAACCAAUUUAAUAAAAACACCAGCAAACUAAAAAAAACAAAAGAAAAGAACUCAACGAAUGUGAUAAUUCACAAAUUAAGACGAAGCACCGAAAAGAAAUCGCGACAUAAAGAAAAAAAAAGUGAAGUGAAGUGAGAGAGCGAAAGAGAUACGAGAAAUAGAGAGACACAUACCAAAAUAAAACAAACGAACGAAAGAAGAAAAAAACAAUCAGUAAAAUAAUCAGUGACUUUGAUUUUGUUAGUCGAAAACACAGAGAAACAAAACAAAAAGUUUGGUAUUUUCAUUCUUUGUAGUACGUCGUAAAGCCGUCACUAUACUAGCUCAUGGGUUUUGUUGGACGCCAUUGCCAAUACAAACUGCAGCACAAAUCGCACCGCCAAUUACUAGUGUACCAAUAACAUCAGCAUUAGUUACACUAGCGAUUGCACGUCGCAACACAGCAAUCGCAAUGAUGAGUUCAAACCAUUCGAGCCACCUGCCCAGUCGGCGAUUGUUUUCACGUGGAUUGGCCCCGCGAAAUCGCCAGCGGCUCUAUUCAAACCAUAACAAUCACAACCAUAAUCAUAACAACGGUGGCAAUAAUUCAUCGAACAAUAAUAACGGAGGCAAUGGGCCAAACAACAAUAACAACAACAAAGACUCGGAUGGAUGUUAUUCACACGGUAGAGCUGGACCUAGUCAUUCGGACAGGCGACACGAUAGGACAUCAGAUCGUGAUCGACGUCAAAGUAUGGGUGCUAUGUCUAUGGAUCGGUAUUCGCAAACUGGACCAUCACAGUCGCGAAACGAGCUUCAUAUUGAUACAAGAUCGGAUUCAGGCCGUAGUGGUAAUAGCAAUAUGAAUGGUGGACGCGACCGAAUCAGCCCGCAGUACAAUGGUUCAAACUCAUCACGGCCGGCAUCAACAUCAACGUAUGACAUCAAAUCGGACAGUCCAUCACGAAAGCGUCGACGUGUUUCCACUCGCCAAUCGCCGACAUCGUCAUGGGAAAAUCGCCAGUCACCGCGCAGUUCGCAGAAUCAUGGCCAUCAGCAUAGUCCAUUGUUGCGACGUCGUUUGCGUGAACAACAGCAAAGGUCAUGGGAACAACUUCCAAAUAUAUUCCAACAAACCCCAUCGCCACCACAUCCACAGCAGCAACAUUCGCAAGCGCCACAACAGCAGCAACCACAGCAAAAUCCAUUGUUGGUCGAAAUGAAUCAAGUGCCAGUUAGUUUACCAUUGCGUCAUGAUCCGCCAAUCGGUUGGGCAUACUCAACUGGUCCACACAUAUCAAAUUCAUCGUUGCAAAAUUUGCCACAUUCAUGGGUUCGCGAUAAUCGCAUUCAGUCAUUAUGCACCAAUCAUCCGGCUGCCGCUGCGCCUGGAGCGCCACAUUUGCAACCGUGCCAGGUACACACUAACGUAUUCCCACAGCCGUUUGCUCAAAAUUGCCACUACACUAGCUUCGCAACAACACCUCAAUUGACACAAAUGCAACCACAAUCGCAUCAACCGAAUCAUUAUCAUCAUAUGCAACAGGAGAAUUUGGACCAUCAUCAUCAUGGCCAGUCACAGACGCCGAUACAUUUGACUGCAACCGCAGCUCACCUUCAACAUUCCUCAUCGCAAAUGACGCAUGUGACACAGGCGCCACCGAUUUUCAUAUCAGCUCCCGAAAAUCGUCCAAUGGAUCUCAUGCAUCGACGUCGUCUGACCACUACGCGACGUAACUUUGCCAUUGGCAACGAUGGUGCCCACACACAAGAUAUGCGCCGCAAUUGGAGAUACUCGUUUCAAAAUGUUUGGACACCAACAACGCACCAUUCGUACUCGCAUCAUCAUCAUCAUCCGGGUCCCAUGCACCAAAAUCGCAUGCAUCAACCGCACAAUGUGCCAAUCCAGACCGGUCAAAUUAUCAAUUCAGGCAUUUUGUUGAAUUUCCUUGCAAUGUUACCAGUCACACAAUUCGGUCAACAUGACAUAAGCUCGAACGAUUCAAAUGAAACCGAAAACUAUGAAGCGCUCUUGAAUUUGGCAGAACGUUUGGGUGAAGCAAAGCCACGUGGUUUGGCACGACCAGAAAUCGACCAACUUCCAAGCUACAAAUAUAAUCCAGAAACUCACACUGGUGAUCAAACAUCGUGCGUUGUGUGCAUGUGUGAUUUUGAGAUACGCCAAGUGCUCCGUGUGUUGCCAUGCUCCCACGAGUUUCAUUCUCGCUGUGUCGACAAGUGGUUGCGAUCGAAUCGUACCUGUCCCAUUUGUCGUGGCAAUGCUUCCGAGUAUUUGUCCGGUUGCUCGACCGAGGAGCGUUAAGCAAACCGAGAGCGUUGGCAUUUGAUUGAUGAGCACACACAUUUUUUUGAAGGUAAAACAAACAAAACUAAUAGACAGGCAAACCAAGAAAAACAAAACAAAAGCCGAAUUACCAGCACAGAAUCUUUCAUCUGUUACCACCGACGAAGUAGAUAUAUACCAAAAACAUAUGAAAACACAACCAACCACACAUACACACAGAGAUUCAAUUUAGUUGAAAUCUUGGUUCAGUUUGUUUUUUCUGUUUUUAUCGGAGGAGCGGCUCGACACGAACUUAUCAUUUGGCUUAAUGUUUGCUUCACUGAUCUCUGGCUGGAUCAUGUUUUUUUCUUACUUUUUUUCGCACACACAACAUCAACAACAACAACAGCAACCAAAAUAGAAGUAGUUCUUCAUCGAAACAAAUGUGUCCAGCGGCAAUAACAACUAUAUACAUAAUUAUUACAUAUUCGCACCAAUCUUGAUUCUUUGUUUUUUCUCCAAAAAAAAAAAACAACAACGACAACCAACCAUAAGGAAUAAAAAAGAAUUUUGUUUUUGUUAUUUCCCUGUAAUCUACCAUGUGUACUGGGACAUUUCACUCUCAAGUAUGAUCUAAACACCUCAUCUCUACUAGAAUUUAACGACAAUUAAUAACACAUUUUACUAACAACAAGCCAAAACAAAAAAUAUGAUAUAAAACUAUAUAUAUAUUCAAGAGAAAUCAAUUAAAAAUCUUAUUGAAAUGGCACACAAGAUAGUUCGCAUUGAAACAAAAGAAAUGAAAACAAAUUAUAAUCAAAAUUGUAUCUGCCGAGAUCAAAACAAAUAAAAAAACUCCUCCAAA